GUACAAUAAUUAUUCAUUUUAUUUUAUUGAGAGUAUUAAUACAAAUUUGACAUUUUAUUGAGUAUUGUUUUUUUCUUCAAUAUAGUGCGUAACUAUGGGUCGUGAAUAUAAAAUAUGAAGACACGAGCAGAUAGAUACUAAGCCAGGUAGGAGUCACAAUAUUGUAACUAAACGAAUCUUCCUCUAAUAAAGGAGGAUACAGACACAACAUAUAAGAGAUAGAUAGAUACAGACAUACAGAGACAAUAAACGCAGGUGUAGACACUAUUCUGUACAAAGAGUCACACAAGACGCAUUCUGAAGAUAACGUUUAUGAAAAAGAUGAAUAUGGUGGAGGAUACAGUGAUUAAUCAAACUUAUACCACAGAGACAGCUACUAGACAACAUGAUGAUGAUCAUCACAUGGAAACACAUACUGUUGUUGAAUGUCAUAAAUGUGAUGUUUGUUCUGAAGAAUUUACUCGAAGUAUUUACUUAAAGAGGCACAUGAAAACCCAUACUGGUAAACAAUGUCAUAAAUGUGAUGUAUGUGCUAAAGAAUUUACUCAAAAAAAUUACCUAAAGAGUCACAUGAGAACACAUACUGGUGAACAAUGCCAUAAAUGCGAAGUUUGUGAGAAAGAAUUUACUCGAAGAAGUUACCUAACGUAUCACAUGAAAAUACAUUCAUGUACUGGUUCACAAUGUUAUAAAUGCACAUUUUGUUCCAAAGAAUUUACUGUAAAAAAUUACCUAACGAGACACAUGAAAACACAUACUAGUGAAAAAUUGCAUAAAUGUGAGGUAUGUGCUAAAGCAUUUCGUCAAAGUCUUUAUUUGAAGAGACACAUCAGAACACAUACUGGAGAUAAAUCUUAUACGUGUAGUAUUUGUACGAAAAGUUUUUCUUGGCUGCAACAUUUACAGUAUCACAUGCGCACACAUACAGGUGAUAAACCUUAUGCAUGUAAUGUAUGUGAUAAACGGUUUAGUCUUAAUCAUAAUUUGCAAAUUCAUAUGCUAACACAUUCAGGUGAUAAACCUCAUGCAUGUGAUGUAUGUGAUAAACGGUUUAGUCUUAAUCGUAAUUUGCAAACUCAUAUGAACACACAUACAGGUGAUAAACCCCAUGUCUGCAAUGUAUGUGAUAAACGGUUUAGUCUUAAUCGUCAUUUGCAAACUCAUAUGAACACACAUACAGUUGAUAAACCCCAUGUCUGCAAUGUAUGUGGUAAAGGGUUUAGUCAGCAUAGUAGUAUACGAUUUCACAUGAGAACACAUACAGGGGAUAAACCCCAUAACUGUGAUGUAUGUGGUAAAGGUUUUAGUCGCCUUCAUAUUUUACAGACUCACAUGAGAACACACACAGGCGAAAAACCCCAUGAGUGUGACGUAUGCGGUAAACGGUUCAGUCACCUUCAUUCUUUAGAGGAUCACAUGAGAAUACACACAGGUGAAAAACCUCAUGAGUGUGACGUAUGCGGUAAAGGAUUCAGUCGACCUGGCGAUUUACAGAGUCACAUGAGAAUACACACAGGUGAUUAACUCCGUUUCUGUGAUGUUUAUGAUAAAGCCUUUACCUGGCCUUGUAGUUUUAUCUUGAAAAGAAGACAGGGGAGGAUACAACAGACAACUUUUCACGAGGAGAACAAAAUAGAAAUCUUGGUAUGGGGCGAUCAUAAUAGAAUAUUUAUCACGAUGAGAACACAUUAGAAAGCGUUUCACAGGGAGAACAAUUGAAAAUUUACAGAAUCAUGGGGAGAUCACAACAGAAACCUUAUCACAGGGAAAUAACAAUAGAAAACUUAUCAUGAGGAUAACAUAAUAUAAAACUUGUCAUGGGGAGAACACAAUAGAAAACUUUUCACGAUGAUAACAAAAAUGAAAACUUAUCAUGGGGGAACGCAACAAAAAUACUUAUCAUGGGGGAACGCAACCAAAAAACUUAUCAUGGGGAAAACAUAACAGAAAACUUAUCACGGGUAGAACACGACAAAAAAACUUAUCAUGGAGAAAACAUAACAUAAAAAUUUUCACGAUGAUAACAAAAAUGAAAAACUUAUCAUGGGGGAACGCAACCAAGAAAAAUUAUUAUGGGAAAACAUAAUAUAAUACUAUCACGGGGAGAACACAACAUAAAACUUAUCAUGGAAGAACACAAUAGAAAAUAUAUCACAGGGGGACUAUUAUAGAAAACUUUUCACUGCAAGAAAACAAUAGAAAUCUUAUUGUAGAACACAAUAGAAAACGUGUCACGGGAAGAAUACAACAGAAAACCUAUUAUGGAGAGAACACAAUAGAAAAACAUAUCACGGGGAGAAAAUUAAAGAACACAAUAGAAAACGUAUCAUGGGAGAACACAAUAGAAAACGUGCCACAGGGAGAUCAUAAUAUAAAACUUUUCACGGGGAUAUCACAAUAGAAAACUUACCAUGGGAGAUCACAUUGAAAAACUGCCACAGGGAGAACACAAUAGAAAACUUACCAUGGGAGAUCACAUUGAAAACCUGCCACAGGGAGAACACAAUAGAAAACUUACCAUGGGAGAUCACAUAGAAAACGUACUACAGGGAGAACACAAUAGAAAACUUACCAUGGGAGAUCAAAUAGAAAACGUACCACAGGGAGAACACAAUAGAAAACUUAGCAUGGGGAGAACACAAUAGAAAACUUAUCAUGAGGAGAACUCAACAGAAAACUUAUCAUGGGAGAACUAAAUAGAAAACUUACCAUUGGGAGAACAUAAUCAUGAUAAUAGAAAAACGUAUCACGUAGGGAACACAAUAAAAUAAAGGUGCCAUAAUGAGAAAAAAAUAUGAAAACUUAGCACGAAGAGAACACAAUAGAAAACUUAUCACGGGGAGGAGAAUGGAUGAAAACUUAUAACGGGAAGAAGAAUUGAUAAAAUCUUAUCACGGGAAAAUGAAAGGAUGAAAACUUAUCACGUGAAGAUGAAUGGAUUUAAACUUGUCACGGGAAGAAGAAUGGAUUUAAACUUAUCACGGGAAGAAGAAUGAAUAAUAACUAAUCACGGGAAGAAGAAUGGAUGAAAACUUAUCACGGGAAGAUGAAUGGAUUUAAGCUUGUCACGGGAAGAAGAAUGGAUUUAAACUUAUCACGGGAAGACGAAUAGAUGAAAACUUAUCACGGAAAAAAGAAUGGACGAAAACUUAGCGCGGGAAGAAGGAUGGAUGAAAACUUAUCACGGGAAUAUGAAUGGAUUUAAACUUGUCCCGGGAAGAAGAAUGGAUGAAAACUUAUCACGGGAAGAUGAAUGGAUGAAAACUAAUCACGGGAAGAAGAAUGAAUGAAAAUUUAUCACGGGAAGAUGAAUGGAUGAAAAUUUAUUACGGAAAGAAGAGAGGAUGAAAACUUAGCACGGGAUUGGAAGAAGAAUGGAUGAAAUCUUAUCACGGGGAGAAGAAUGGAUGAAAACUUAUCACGGGAAGAAGAAUGGAUGAAAUCUUAUCACGGGGAGAAGAAUGGAUGAAAACUUAUCACGUGAAAAAGAAUGGAUUAAAACUUAUCACUGGAAGAGUUAAAUAAUACUUGAUAUGAGGAGAAGAGUAGAACAUUAAAACAUAUAAAUCACGAGGGAAACAAAGUUUUAAAAAAAGGACGAAACUAAAUGAGAAGAACAUCAUUCACCAUAUUACAAUAAGAAUAAGAGUAAGACAGACAACAUAACACUAGGAGAAACGACAGAACAGAAAACAUUUAUCACGAGGAGAAAAACCGUAUGACAUGAAAACUGAACGCGUGGAGAAAAUAGUAGAACAGGAGACACUUAUCACAAGUUAAAGUAAAGACUUGGUAACAGGAAAAACGUAUUCAGAAGGGGAUAUUAGUAUAGUAUGACACUUACAACAGUAGAACAGGAGUAACUUAUCUUCGGUACCUGCAAUCGCGAGGAAAAGAACAGAAAUUUAAGUCACCACAAGAAAAAAACAUGGAACAGGGAAACCAUCUCGAGGAGAAGAACAGAAGAAGAACUGUCACAGUUGACACUAUUUCAUCGUUUUUUUUUGUUUGUAGUGUAAAUAGGGUUAUGUCGUAUUUUCUACAUGUAAGUAAAGUUUGAAUCAAUAACUUGUAUGUAUAAUGAUAGAGGG